CCAAACCCAAUAAGAACCUCAACUCAAAAAAAAAAAAAAACAGCACUACUUUCCGCUCUAUAGAUCUCCCAGCGACCGAUCUCCCGACCGUACAAUCGCCGGUGUGUUACCGGUGAUUCGGUGCCGGAAAUUCUCUUUGUCUAGGAUCGCUCGCGGAUCAUGCGGUCUUUAGAUAUCUAAUCUAUUUUGUUUACAGGGUGUCUCCGGAUCAAAAGAUUGAUUUUGUACAUUUAGUGGCGAGCUUAACAUCUGAAGAGGCUUAUGGUUUUUACGUGUGGUCAUCGUCAUUAACAGUUUCCUUGUUUUGAAGAGGGCAUGUAGCAAAGUGCAAUUACUGAAUCAAACAAUUAUCUGUAGCAAAACAAGAAGAAAUAUGGCUUAUUUUGCAGUAUCUUUAUGAGUAAUUGUAUCUGAUAACUGAUAAGUCUUUCCAGAAUCAAGGUUUUUGGAUGGCGAAGGAUACUGAGUGUAUAAAUGAUGGUGAGGUGAACUAUGAUAAUUCUUCUAGAAUCGACCCAAAGCGUUCUCAUCAAUGGUUCAUGGAUGGUCCUGAGGCAGAGUUAUUCCCCAACAAGAAACAGGCCGUAGAAGUUCCAAACAACAAUUUUUUCGCAGGGUUUAUAAAUCCCAACAUUUCUCCAUGGGGCAAUGUUUCCGGUUUUCACACAUUCUCUGGGCAAUUCACUGAGCGGUUUUUUGAUUCAGAGACAGCUAGGACUGCCAAUUUUGAGGAUAGAAACAUUCCACCUGUUAGCACAGGACAAAUCAGCAUGGAGGGAAAGACAAACGAUGAUCUAUUUGGAAGUGAUUCUUCGUUUGGUUUAUCUAUGUCGCAAACUGUGGAUGAUCCUAGAUCAGGUUUUAAUUAUGGUGGGAUUAGAAAAGUGAAAGUCAGUCAGGUUAAGGACUCUGAUAAUGUAAUGCCUGUGUCAAUGGGACAUGCCUAUAGUAGGUUAGAUAGUGACUCAAUAUCAGGUGCUCAUGCGUAUGAGAAGGGAGAUGAAAGCUCUAUAUCAAUGGGUCUUGACAAAGGGAAUGACAAUAUGAUGCCUAUAGGUGACUCCUGUGAUAGGGGAAAUAACUUUUUUGUAUCGAUGACACAACCCUUUAACAAGGGGAAUGAAAACAUAUCGAUAGGGCACAUGUACAAAGAAAAUGACAGUAACAUCGGUAAGAUAGCCAUUGGUCAAGCAUUCAGCAAGGAUGACAGCAAUAUCAUGUCAAUGGGACAAACCUAUUGCAAGGCAGAUGACGACAGUAUAUCAAUGACUCACAUCUACAAUAAGGGUGAUAAAGGUACCUUAUCAAUGGAUCACACAUAUGACAAGGGGGAUAACAAUAAUUUAGCUAUUGGUCACACUUAUAGCAAGGGAGAGGGCACUAUAAUAUCCUUUGGUGGCUACGAUGAUAAUACAGAUAACCCUUAUGAUUUGUUGGUGGGUCAACCUUCCAUUCAGAGAUCAGAAACAAUGAAUGAGAACGAUUCAACUCAAUCAAAUGCAGAAGCAAUGGCAUCCACUGCCCAUGUGAUUUCCAGGAAGAAAGAGGACCUUAAAGCAUCUAAGAAGAUACCACCAAACAAUUUCCCUUCAAAUGUCAGAAGUUUGCUAUCCACUGGUAUGCUAGACGGAGUUCCUGUGAAGUAUAUUGCGUGGUCACGAGAGAAGGAGCUCCGUGGUGUUAUAAAAGGUUCCGGUUAUUUAUGCGGAUGUGAGUCUUGUAAUUUCUCAAAGGUUAUCAACGCUUAUGAGUUUGAGCGCCAUGCUGGUUGUAAAACAAAACACCCAAAUAAUCACAUAUACUUCGAAAAUGGGAAGACUAUUUAUGGGGUUGUACAAGAACUUAGGAGUACACCUCAGGAUAUGUUGUUUGAAGUUAUUCAAACAAUAACCGGUUCACCUAUCAAUCAGAAGUCUUUCCGUCUGUGGAAAGAGUCCUUUUUAGCUGCCACUCGUGAACUUCAGCGCAUAUAUGGAAAGGAUGAAGGGAAGCAAUUUUCAUGAACGCAUCCCUGUUAAAGUACGGUAGGAUAAUCUAUGUUUUGUGCAUAGAAGUUGUCUUUUUGCAAGAACUUUUUGUACUCAGUGAUGUUAGAUGUUUUUCCAAACUCAAGAAAAUUCCUUCUUGCAAAAUGUAAAAGCAUGUUAUUCAUGUUUUUACUUUUCCCUUACAAUAAUACCAUGUGCGUCUUGGCUUAUCAAUGUCUCUGAUUCAAACUUUUAGGCUGGUUUUAUUUGCAGUA